AUGUCUAACCGCCGCUGGUACGUUGAUACCGCACCGGACGGUCGGACACAGUACAUCUCUCUCAAACGCUCCCGCUCGCACCACUACUACGGUUACCCUCGUUAUGAGCAGCCGCAGUGCUCGCCGCCGGUGCAGCACCACCGCUGCUGCCGCGACGACUGCUGCCACUUAGGCCGCGAUGAGUGGAACGACCUGGUUGAGCGGGAGCGCAAGCUGCGCGAGUCCAACGACUGCCUCGCCCGCGAAAACGUCUCUCUCAAGGCCAACUACCAGGCCGCCGAGGCCGAAGCGCGCCGGCUCGGCGGCAUCGUGCCCAUCCUGCAGGCCGAGAACCAGGCGCUCCGAGACGAGAACGCGGCGCUGCGGUGCUCGCUCGAGAACGCCGGCGGCCACACGGGCAAGUUCCACCGCGAGGUCGAGAAGCUGCGGCACCGGUUGCACAAGAUCGAGAGGGAGCGCGACGCGCUGAUUGCGAGGGUCAAGGAGCUCUCGCGGCACUACGUCUCGGACAAGGUCGAGGAGCUGAGGCGGAUCAUCGUCAAUUGGGAGCGCAAGUUUGACGUUGUCGAUGACCACAACAAGAGACUGCGGAGGGAUAUCGAGGACCAACGGUGUAUGAUUCAGGAGCAGGAAGAGCGGCUUCGCACGUAUGAGCGGAUUCUGCGUCGGAAUGGCUAUGCGAGGUUCGAAUGA